GUGGCGGGUAGUGUGUUAGUCAAGUCCCCAUGUGGUGAUAGUAGUAGUAAUGGGUACACACGACUACAUUUCCCGGUACUCUUUGUAAAUAAUUAGGCUUGUACUUCGGACUUACUCCUUUAAUGUUAAGGGGAAUGAGGGGCAUUUGUUAAAUUUAACUUUUGCUGACUUAUUUGUGAGAUCCGAAAUAUAUCGACAUGUUACAUAGAAACUAGGACUUGCGGUUGUUACUCUGUUGUAUACUUGGUAUAGUAUAUGUGCAUGGUUCUGUAGUUAAUUUGCUUCUGGCUCUGCACGUGUAGAACAAGCUGUAGAUGAAUGGUCUCUCAGGGGGACGUCCAGUUGGCUUUGCCGGAGCGAUGGCCACGAACAAGCAAGUUUAUUCUGUCUGCUUUUGCAGCAGCUGUUGCAGAAAUAGUGACUUUCCCACUUGAUUUGACUAAAACCAGACUGCAGAUCCAAGGUGAAGCUGCUCAGCAUCAUUAUGGACAAGCAGCGGCUUCAUCAGUACCGUACCGUGGGAUGGUUCGAACUGCAGCAGGGAUAGUGCGAGAGGAAGGCCUGCUAAAACUCUGGCAAGGUGCCACCCCAGCUGUUUACAGACACAUAGUGUAUUCUGGAGUAAGAAUGGUAGCCUAUGAACAGCUUCGUGAGUCUGUGCUCCGCAGAAAUGAGGAUGGUAGUUUCCCUUUAUGGAAGUCCGUGGUAGGAGGAAUGGCAGCAGGUGCUAUUGGCCAGUUUGUAGCCAGUCCAACAGACUUGGUAAAAGUACAAAUGCAAAUGGAAGGCAGGAGGCGAUUAGAAGGAAAACCUCCAAGAGUACAUGGUGUAUACCAGGCAUUUGUGAAGAUCCUGUCUGAAGGAGGAAUCCGUGGUCUUUGGGCAGGCUGGGUGCCAAAUGUACAAAGAGCAGCCCUAGUGAAUAUGGGAGAUCUCACCACUUAUGAUUCAGUGAAACAGUUUUUACUUCGAAAAACUCCUCUUUCAGAUGGCAGCAUAUGCCACAGCAUAGCAAGUAUUUGUUCUGGUCUGGUAGCAGCAAGUUUGGGGACUCCUGCUGAUGUCAUCAAGACUAGAAUCAUGAACCAACCUAGAGAUCAAGAGGGAAGGGGACUACUGUACAAAUCGUCCAUAGACUGCCUUAUUCAGUCUGUUCGAGGGGAAGGAUUCAUGUCUUUGUACAAAGGUUUUGUACCUAACUGGAUGAGAAUGGCUCCCUGGUCAUUGGUGUUCUGGCUUACAUAUGAACAGAUUAGAAGGACUUCUGGUGUAACUUCAUUUUAGUCAUUUUCUGAGUGGAACUGGUUGAUAGCAUGCCAUUGCAGUAAUGAAUAAAGUCCUCUGUAUGGCUUUAGAAAGAAACACCCUCCUACCUCCUCUGGUUACCUUAACCAACAUCUCGGGUCUGACUGCUUUGAGAACUAGGGAUGUCAUUACAGGACAUUUUUUUCUACAAGACAUUUUUUAAAUUUAGAUUUUUAUUGAGAUUUGCACAGAAUUUUAAGCUGUAGACAUUUUACUAACAGCUUUCAUAUUUUAAGAAUCACAGUUGGUACUGAAAAAUUGUACAGAGGUCUGAAAUCACAAAAAUAAAUGUGUUGCUGAGCUUCAGAGGAUAUGGUAACCCACUAGAUAAAACUUUCUUUUGCUGCAUGACUAUUCACAUGCCUUCCUCGUUUUCUGUAUAGUACAAAUUGGGUAGAAAAACAAACCCUCAUUCUUGAACCUUGAAACCAUUGCAUAUGCUAAGACUGUGUAUAUGUUUUCAUCUUAUAUAAACGGCAAACUUUCUAAAAUUAAUGAACACUUAGAUAUUAUGCUCCUUUAAGUAUUUCUUUAAAUACAUACUUGUAGAUAUCCGAUGAUAUUAUAUUAUAUUAAACUCGAAUACUUUUUUCAGAUUUUUAUUUUUUUAUUAGCCCUGUACUGAAACUGGCCUACUUUUGACUUGGAUUUAUUAAUCAAAGGUGGAACAUGGACAAAGUCACCCUAGACAAAGCUGCUUACUUUGUUAGCAGAUCAUUUAAUUGUUGGGCCUUUUGUCAGGCAUUGUAAGCAGUGGGGAAAUAGUUUCAUAAUACAGAAUUCUAGUAACCGUGGUGGAUCAGGUAGCAAUGUAGAAGCAAUCUCUGAUCAUAGAGGAUAUAUAGAUAGAUAAUUGGAAGGCUUCCUUAAUGCCAGCCUCAUUUAAGGAAAUUACACAGUAAAUCCAGAACCAAACGCUGUGUACAUUCAUCUUUGUUUCCAGUUAUCACACCUAAAGUGUGUAGUGCAGUCCUUUUGCCAAAAGCUAGCCUGAUAAUAUUGUUUUAUUCUGUUAAAAGGAGUAAUUUGCAUCAUUUUUGUGUGUUCUUCUAUUUCUACUGCAUUCUAUAGAGACAGUAAAGAAUCAGUUGUUUUAUAAUUUAUGCACUUGUUUUAAUGUUUACAAUACUGAAUAAGUUUAGAGUUGAAUUUUACAUGAUUGGUGGAAGUUUUUUUUUCUUUCUUUUUCCUCUCAUUAUAUCUGUCGUGUAGAGUAAAUCUGCUGUGAGCCUGACUCGAGACAGGAAAUGUUGCAACUAGCCCAGUGUGAUAAAGAUAAGGCAUAUGGAGUUACAGACAUCCAGUGCUGUGAAUGUGCCAAAGUAUGAGAUGGGUACCUUGAGCUCAAGUCAGGGAGAAUGCAUGUAGUGGCUUACAGAAUGAGACCAGAGUAUUCCACUUUUUGUUAAAACGUAGCAUGCUGUAAAACUGUUUGGGAAUUGAUGAAAGUUUGGCAGCAAAACAUGAACAAAUGUGAAUAAAACUAUAUAAGAAAUACUUCAGGUGACGAACACUACUAAUGCAAAUAGCCCUGACAUAAUGGAAUAAAGUCCAAGAUGUAAACCAA